AUGUCCAGAGCGGGAGAGCAGGAGAUGAUCGCAGACCCCGAAGAUGAGGCCGAGAAGGAGGCACAUGCCGCGGCCGAACUCCUGAGCCGUGCCGCAGCAGCCUCCACGGCUUUGGCCGAACAGCUGCCUGCUGCGCUGAGGCGAGCACGAGCUGCGGAGAUGGAGGCCCAGCGUCUCCGGCAGUCGCUGGCAGAGGCCGAGACGAAGAUCGCAGGUAUCCAGGCGCAGCAGCUCCGUCUCGCUGAGGGCCUUUUGGGCGAGAUCAAGCAGAGGGAUGCCGAGCUGGCACUGCUCCGCGCCGCCGCCUCGGCCGCGGCCGCGGCGCGACCGGCGGACGCGGAAGCUUCAGAGGCGUCUCUGCAGGCGUCUCUGCCCGUCGAGGCUGCAGCGCCUGUGGUGUUGGAGGACGAUGGACCAUUGGGCCUCGAGUUCGACAGGAGUGGCACAGCCAAAGUUGUCCUCAACGUGGCGCCGCAACGGACAGCUCUGGCGGCCGGGGACGAGGUGAUCUCGGUGAACGGCCUGUCAGCGAGGAAUUUGUCGUGGGAGGAGUUCGACAAUGCCAUGGCCAACCGCCCUGUGGUGCUUACAUUGGAGAAGCAACCAGAGAGUCGCACCACACCAAGCGGAGGGCUGGCAAACCGCGUCAAGUCCCUGUCCGCCUGGACUCGCCAAGCAGCAAAGGCUGCGGCUCGAGAGCUCGAGGCGGCGAUGACAGACCUGCAGGAGCCUCCUCCGGAGUUUUUCAGCCAGGAUCUGCCGUUCCCUGAGGAUCUCUCGACCAUUGAUGCAUCUGCAUCCUCAACCUCCGAGGCCGCGCUCCCAGAGGCGGAUGACGCAGAGGCCCGCAACCGCCCCUUCUACGAGUUGGUGCGAAGCUCCAUGGUGGAGGCAGCUGCUCACGGCACCAGCGAAGAAGCUUUUGAGCGCUGGCUCCGUCAGUUCCACAACGAAAGGGACGACGAAUGGUUUGCCAACAACCGCACUCGCGUCUACAACGUGCCACCACCCAGAUCUGUGCCCGCGUCCGCUCUUGGGCUCUUCUGA